AUGACGCGCUCGACGGCGGCCACGGCGGUCGCGUGCCUAGUCCUCGCUUUCCUCCUCCUGCCGUCGGCGGCGUUGGCGGCGGAGUACGUCAAGUACAAGGACGCGAAGCAGCCCAUCAAUGAGCGCGUGCAGGACCUCCUCAGCCGGAUGACGCUGGAGGAGAAGAUCGGCCAGAUGUCGCAGAUCGAGAGGGCCAACGCGACCGCCGAAGUCAUCGAGAAGUACUUCGUUGGUAGCGUACUGAGUGGCGGAGGCAGUGUGCCUUCUCCUCAAGCAUCUGCUGAGGCUUGGGCCUCCAUGGUGACUGAGAUGCAGAAGGGCGCUCUUUCUACACGUCUAGGUAUCCCGAUUAUCUACGGUAUUGAUGCCGUGCAUGGUCACAAUAACGUCUACAAAGCUACUAUUUUCCCUCACAAUGUCGGGCUUGGAGCUACCAGGGACCCUGACCUCGUUAAGAGAAUUGGAGAAGCAACUGCUCUUGAAGUUAGAGCUACUGGAAUUCCUUAUGUCUUUGCUCCCUGUAUUGCGGUUUGUAGAGAUCCAAGAUGGGGACGCUGCUACGAGAGCUAUAGUGAGGAUCCAAAGGUUGUCCAGUCACUGACUUCACUCAUCUCUGGCUUGCAAGGUGAUGCUCCUGCAGAUUCCGCGGGAAGACCAUAUGUCGGUGGAAGUAAGAAGGUUGCUGCAUGCGCAAAGCACUAUGUUGGUGAUGGUGGAACGUAUAAGGGAAUCAACGAGAACAACACGAUUAUCAACACACAUGGACUGCUGAGCAUCCAUAUGCCUCCUUACUAUAACUCUAUUAUCCGAGGUGUCUCUACAGUCAUGGUCUCGUACUCCAGCUGGAAUGGAGAGAAGAUGCACGCAAACCAUUUCCUAGUCACAGAUUUUCUCAAGAACAAGCUCAAGUUUAGGGGUUUUGUGAUUUCCGAUUGGGAGGGCAUUGAUCGGAUCACUAGUCCUCCUCACGCCAACUAUUCUUAUUCAAUUGAGGCUGGAGUUGGUGCUGGUAUUGACAUGAUCAUGGUUCCAUUCAGAUACACUGAAUUCAUCGAUGAUCUCACAACACAAGUUCAGAACAAGAUCAUCCCCAUCAGCAGAAUCGACGAUGCCGUUUACAGGAUCCUCCGUGUCAAGUUCACCAUGGGUCUAUUUGAGAACCCUUACCCCGAUGCUAGCCUUGCCGGCGAACUCGGGAAGCAAGAACACCGGGAAUUGGCACGUGAAGCCGUCAGGAAAUCCCUGGUUCUUCUGAAGAACGGAAAGUCCUCCUAUGCUCCGUUGCUGCCCCUCCCGAAGAAGGCCGGUAAGAUCCUGGUCGCCGGUAGCCACGCCAAUGACCUGGGCAACCAGUGCGGAGGAUGGACGAUCACAUGGCAAGGAAGCAGCGGCAACACCACUGCUGGCACGACGAUCCUCUCCGGAAUCGAGGCGACCGUCGAUCCCAGCACGCAGGUGGUCUACUCGGAGAACCCGGACAGCAGCGUGCUCGCCGACAAGUACGACUACGCGAUCGUGGUGGUCGGGGAGCCGCCGUACGCGGAGACGUUCGGCGACAACCUGAACCUGACGAUCCCGGCGCCCGGGCCGAGCGUGAUCCAGUCGGUGUGCAAGGCCACCAAGUGCCUGGUGGUCCUCAUCUCCGGCAGGCCCCUGGUGGUGGAGCCGUACCUGGGCGACAUGGACGCGUUCGUGGCGGCGUGGCUGCCGGGGUCGGAGGGGCAGGGCGUCGCGGACGUGCUGUUCGGCGACUACGGGUUCACGGGGAAGCUGUCGCGGACGUGGUUCAAGUCGGUGGACCAGCUGCCCAUGAACGUGGGCGACAAGCACUACGACCCGCUCUUCCCGUUCGGCUUCGGGCUCACCACCAAGGGCGUGAAAUGA